AUGCCUGCCGUUCAUGGAGGUCGCAUGACCACUUUCGAAGACUCCGAGAAGGAGAGUGAAUACGGUUACGUUCGCAAGGUAUCUGGACCUGUCGUGGUUGCAGAUGGCAUGAAUGGGGCUGCUAUGUAUGAAUUGGUGCGUGUCGGUCAUGAUAAUCUCAUUGGUGAAAUUAUUCGUUUGGAAGGGGAUUCUGCCACUAUCCAAGUUUACGAGGAAACUGCUGGGUUGACGGUUAAUGAUCCGGUGUUACGUACACACAAGCCUUUGUCUGUGGAGUUGGGACCUGGAAUAUUGGGAAAUAUUUUUGAUGGAAUUCAGAGGCCUUUGAAAACUAUUGCAAGAAUAUCUGCUGAUGUCUAUAUUCCCCGUGGUGUCUCUGUUCCUGCACUUGACAAAGAUACACUUUGGGAAUUUCAGCCUAAGAAAAUUGGUGAAGGAGACUUAGUAACUGGCGGAGACUUAUACGCUACUGUCUUCGAGAACAGUUUAAUGGAACACCGUGUUGCACUUCCUCCUGAUGCCAUGGGAAAGGUUACCUAUGUAGCACCAGCUGGCCAAUAUUCCUUGAAGGAUACUGUGUUGGAGCUUGAGUUUCAAGGUGUCAAAAAGAAGUUCACCAUGCUUCAGAGUUGGCCUGUACGUACACCAAGGCCUGUUGCAUCAAAACUUGCAGCUGAUACUCCUCUUCUUACUGGUCAGCGUGUUCUUGAUGCUCUUUUCCCCUCCGUACUUGGUGGGACUUGUGCCAUACCCGGAGCUUUCGGUUGUGGGAAAACAGUCAUUAGUCAAGCUCUUUCUAAGUAUUCAAAUUCUGAUGCUGUUAUUUACGUUGGUUGUGGAGAACGUGGAAAUGAAAUGGCUGAGGUUCUGAUGGACUUUCCACAACUUACAAUGACAUUACCUGAUGGCCGUGAAGAAUCUGUCAUGAAGCGUACAACACUUGUGGCUAACACUUCAAACAUGCCAGUGGCUGCUCGUGAGGCUUCAAUUUAUACAGGAAUCACUUUAGCUGAGUAUUUCAGAGAUAUGGGUUACAAUGUCAGUAUGAUGGCAGAUUCAACAUCUAGAUGGGCAGAAGCAUUGCGUGAAAUCUCAGGACGAUUGGCUGAAAUGCCUGCUGAUAGUGGAUAUCCUGCUUACCUUGCUGCACGUUUAGCUUCUUUCUAUGAACGUGCUGGGAAAGUAAAAUGUCUUGGAGGUCCUGAAAGAACAGGUAGUGUAACUAUUGUUGGUGCUGUUUCUCCACCUGGAGGAGAUUUCUCAGAUCCCGUGACAUCUGCAACCCUCAGCAUAGUUCAGGUUUUCUGGGGUUUGGACAAAAAGCUUGCACAGAGGAAGCACUUUCCUUCUGUGAACUGGCUUAUAUCUUACUCAAAGUACUCAACGGCACUCGAAUCCUUUUAUGAGCAAUUUGAUCCAGAUUUUAUAAACAUUAGGACAAGGGCUCGCGAAGUUCUGCAAAGAGAAGACGAUCUUAAUGAAAUUGUCCAGCUUGUAGGAAAGGAUGCUUUAGCUGAAGGAGAUAAGAUCACCUUAGAAACUGCAAAACUUUUGCGAGAGGAUUACCUUGCUCAAAAUGCUUUUACGCCAUAUGACAAGUUCUGUCCCUUCUACAAGUCUGUCUGGAUGAUGCGCAACAUUAUUCAUUUCUACAAUUUGGCAAAUCAGGCAGUAGAGAGGGGAGCUGGUACUGAUGGUCAGAAGAUAACUUAUACUCUCAUCAAGCAUCGUUUGGGAGAUCUCUUCUAUCGUUUAGUGUCUCAGAAAUUUGAGGACCCUGCUGAAGGGGAAUCAGCAUUGGUUGCCAAAUUUACUCAGCUACACGAGGACCUGACUAACGGUUUCCGCAACCUUGAGGAUGAAGCCCGAUAA